AUGUCUAAUAACUUCUGCUCAGAAGUCCUCAGCUCUUCUUCUUGUAGGAACUCUAGUCAUGUUCCUGUCACCUCACCUGUCACCAGUGGUCUCUGCUCCACUGAGACGAGAAAUAGAGAUGCCCCUUGCUCUCCUACUAGCAGCCUGGGGAGCAAUACACCACGUGACAACUGUCAAGAGCCCUGCAGUGAACCCAGAAGCUGUCAAUCAACCAGCUGCAACAGGAGCGCUGGCAGCCCUUCAGUCUGCUCUCCGAUUACUUCAGGUAUAUCUGGAUCUCAAGAAGGAACUAGUUGUCUUCCCAACACAUCCCACAAUUCCAGCUUUUGCCGUCCAACAUUCUGUGGACAGCCUAUGAGUUGCUAUGUUCCAAGUUAUCUGUAUAAUGGAUGUCAACCCUUGGGGUAUCUGACCUAUGGCCGUCCACCACUGAGAAACCUGACUUACGGAUGCCAGUCUUCCAGCAGCAUGCCUAGCUGCUACAGGCCCACGAGCUAUAAAUACAACAGCUUCCAACCUUACUCCUCUUCCUUGAGUGGUUGGCAUUAUCCUUACUAA